GCUAAGCGCCGCUUCCUCUAAAAGAAUCCUCAGAAGCAAGUCUUCGAUUGCUAAACCCUAAACCUAUUACAAAACCACCUUCGUUCUGGGCCGCGUCCUUCUCUCUCUCCCAAGCAAUUCAGGUAAACAAUGAUAACUGCACUUUCAUGGAUACCUAAAGGGUCUUUAAAGGCUGUUCCUGAUGCUGCUGAGCCUCCUUCAAAGGAAGAGAUCAAAGAGCUCAUUGAGAGUGGAGCUUUCGUUGGAAGUAACAGUGUGGAUGGUAGUAACGAGGAUGGAGAAGACAUAGAGGAAGAAGAAGAUGGGGAUCAGAUUAGUGAAGUUGAUCGCGCCAAGGCUGUAGCAGAAGCUUUUGGUAAAUCAUCCAAUAGCAAAUCUUCCUCUAUGGAGGUUGAUGAGGUAGCCGCUGCGAUGAAAGAACUCGACAUGGAUAACUAUGAUGAAGAGGAUGAUGGAAUUGAACUCUUCAGCUCUGGGCUUGGGGAUCUUUAUUAUCCAAGUAAUGAGUUGGAUCCCUAUCUGAAGGAUGCUGCUGAUGACGAUGAUGACGAUGAAGAGGAUAUUGAUGAUACAACAAUCAAGCCAACAGAUUCAGUGAUUAUCUGCGCUAGGAAUGAAGAUGAAGUCAGUCAUCUAGAGGUUUAUGUGUACGAGGAAUCAUCCAACGGCUCACCAAACAUGUAUGUUCAUCAUCACAUAGUUAUACCGGAGUUUCCAUUGUGUACUGCAUGGAUUGAUUGUCCACUUAAAGGAGGGGACAAAGGGAAUUUUGUAGCUAUUGGAUCAAAGGAUUCGCCGACAAUAGAGAUAUGGGAUCUUGACGUUAGGGACGAGGUGCUCCCUUGUGUGCAACUAGGAGGAAUAGAGGAGAUGAAGAUUAUCAAGAAAAAGAAGAGUAAGAAAGAGAAGAUCAGGAAGCCGAUAUACAAAGAAGGCAGCCACACUGAUUCAGUACUUGGUCUUGCUUGGAACAAGGAGUUUCGGAAUAUACUGGCUAGUGCUAGUGCCGACAGAAAGGUUAAGGUGUGGGAUGUAGCUACUGGACAAUGUAAGAUCACUAUGGAGCAUCACACAAAGGAGGUUCAAGCGGUUGCUUGGAAUCAUUAUGCUCCAGAAGUGCUUCUCAGUGGGUCAUUUGAUCAGACUGUUGUAUUGAAAGACGGACGACAACCUUCGCACUCUGGUUUCAAAUGGUCUGUCAUGUCUGAUGUCGAAAGCUUAGCCUGGAAUCCUCACAAUGAUCACUCCUUUGUGGUAAGCCUUGAGGAUGGAACUGUGAAAGGUUUUGAUAUACGCGCCGCGCAGUCAGGUUCUGAUUCUGAUUUAAAACCAAGCUUCACUAUCCAAGCACAUGACCAAGACAAAGGAGUCUCCUCCAUCUCAUACAACACUUCUGCACCUAAUCUUUUGGCUACGGGUUCUAUGGACAAAACGGUUAAACUUUGGGAUCUUUCAAACAACGAGCCUUCAUGCAUUACUUCACACAAACCAAAAGCUGGAGCUGUAUUCUCCAUUUCCUUCUCAGCGGACAAUCCUUUCUUGCUUGCUAUUGGUGGCUCAAAGGGAGAGCUACAUGUUUGGGAUACGCUCUUGGACGCUAACGUCGCUCGCAAAUAUGGGAAAAACCAAUCUUGAAAAGUCCACAAGGCUCACUUGUUUCUUUUGAAGCUGCUGUGAUGGUGAUCGUUGGAUCCGAACACAAUCAUGCAAAAGUUUUGCAGUUUCUUUUCUGUUUUUGACUUUAGGUUGUUUUUUUUUUAUCUCCUAUGAUUAUGGAAUGGUGCAAGGGUGUGUGUGAGCUUUAUGUUUGUCGAACUCUUAAGAUUGCCAGUCUUUUUAAAACUUUUCAAGAAGCUUUAUUAGUAUCA